AUGUCUAAUUACAGAUCACUCAAUAAAAUGAGUUAAAAAUCAACUGAAAUUCAAUGGGCAGAUAAAGUCGUCUGUAAAAAUUAUCGAAUACUCAGUCCUAUCAAUUCUGGUUCAAAUAUUGUCUUAUCCUAUAGGAACCUUUGGCCAUCUUUAUUUAGCUAUUCAUUAAGUUAAAUUGGAAUAUUAUGCAGUUAAAAUAUUGUAAACUGGAAAAAACCCUGUUCUUGCUUAAUCUGUUAGGCAAGAAGCUGAAGUUCUUUAUAAAUUAAAUGGAAAUGUAGGAUUUCCAAGAUUAUAUUACUUUAUUUAAGAUGGCACCAAUAGUUUUAUUGUGUAAACUUUACUAGGAUAAAAUUUAUACUAACUAUUAAUGCAAACUCCAAAGAAAGUUUUUUCACUUAAGACUGUCUUAAUGUUUCUAGAUUAAGCAUUAAAUCGGUUAGAAUUUCUACAUUAGAAUGACUAUAUACAUAGAGAUAUUAAACCAGAAAAUUUUAUGACAGGCUUGAAGGAAGAUGAAAUAUACUUAAUUGAUUUUGGAUUUGCUUAAUUAUAUAAAUAAUAAGGAUAACAUAUUGAAAAAUAAAAAAAUGAAAAUAUGAUAGGAACUCCAAGGUAUUUCAUUGAAUAACUUAGACAAGUCUAGAUUCUGCCCAAUUUGCACACAUUUAAAUUAAUCUCAAAAUAGAGCCAGUGAUUUAGAAAGUUUAGGAUAUUUAGCUAUUUACUUUUUAAAAGGAUUGUUACCUUGGAUGAAUAUAAAUGCAGAAACUAAAGAAGAAAAAAUUAGACUUAUAGGUUAGAAGAAAAUUAAUACAUCAAUUGAAGAAUUAUGGUAUCAUUUAUCUAGUAUAUCUUAGUUCUGGUUUACCUAAAUAAUUUGAAGAAUAUUUUAAAUAUAUCUAAAAUAUCCCAUUUGAUGGAGAUCCAAAUUAUGAUUACCUUCAAAAAUUAUUUAAAAAGUUAUAUCAAAUAAUGGGCUAUCCUUUUGAUCAAUAAUUUGAUUGGAAUUCUAAAUGGGAAGUUAGAAAUUCUGACGAUAAUUUUGAUAAUCCAAAAUAAUAAUUAUUUUUAGAAGUUGGUAGAAAAUCUUUUACUGCAGAUGUAAAUAUAGAAGAAUUACCAUCUUAAAUAUAAAAAAAGUAUAUAAAUAUCAUUAAUAUACUAGAAAUAUAGAGAGAAUUCAUGGAUUAAAAAUUUAAGAAGAUUUAUUUCUCAUUACAGAUUUAUAAUAGGAAGAAAUUUAAGAAUUUGAACCUGGAUAUACAUUAUUUGAUAGAAUGCAAUAAAUAAAUAAAUAAUAAUUAAAGAAACAAAAAAAUGAAUUAAAAUUUUAUUAAAUUUUAUGA